CGAAAAUAUCACCAAUAAUAAAACAAAACCAAUCCCAAAAUAGAACGUCAGGCAGAAAUCACACUCGUGUUUAUAUAUAUGAACCACAAUAAACAUUUGCGUUCAGUCUAUAACAUUAUUCUGUGAAGGUUAAGCACCUGUUUACUACCAUUGUAAUUAAAGUGACGUGAAUUAGUUUAUACUGAAACUCGCAAUGCAAACUUCAACAAAAUAUAAACUGUAUGUAACCUCAGCUGCUUUGGCUGUAGGAUGUACUGUCUCGUACUUGAUUUACAAAAGAAGGAAGCGUCGUCGAGAUGCGGCAGAGUUAUUUGAUUAUUUAACUAUCAAUACUGUGACUACGGAACAAACUUGCGACCAAGUUGUGGCUGAGUUGAAAAGGCGAUGUCAAAAGCAUAGAGCUCUAGGGUUUGACUGUGAAUGGGUGACAGAGAAAGGGAAAAGGCAGCCAGUUGCCCUAGUCCAACUGUCUUCAUAUGAUGGAUACUGCGGCCUAUUCAGACUGAAUGCUAUGGAAACACUGCCUGCAUCUUUAAAAGACCUUUUAGAGGACGAGACUAUCUACAAAGUGGGCGUAGCGCCCGCCGACGACGGAAAGUACCUGUGCCUCGAUUACUCUGUCAUGAUGAAGUCAACCUUGGAUGUUAGGCAUCUGGCUGAACUGGGCGGCUUUGAGGCAGGUGGUUUAGCCACAUUGUCCUCGGCGCUUUUAGGAGCAGUGUUGGAUAAAAGCUGGAGGAUUCGCUGCAGCGACUGGGAAGCCAAAGAACUAACAAAAAGACAAGUGAAAUACGCAGCCAUUGACGCUCACGUAGCUAUCAGAAUCUUCGCAAUGUUACUGGAACAGCUAGGGAGCAAACGAACAGUACUGUCCUGGCUCUUUGGUACGAAUGGGACCAGUGUGUGGUCACAUCUAGACGACUAUUGCUCUAUGUACGCAGAUGUCCAUUAUAAAAUGAAGCCUGUUAAAUUGAAAGAUGGGUCAAAAGAAAAACAUAGUAAAACAAAAGAACCCGCGGUAUUAAGCAAGCGAUACACCCACUCUACGCGCACCAAGCCUUUGUACAACAACUGUUACUUAGAGGCACCUGAUGGCGAACUGCUGUGCACCUGUGACCAGAAGAAAGCUUAUUGGUUCGUAAAUAAAGAGCUAGCAGAUGUAAUGAAAGAGGACCCACUAACAGUGCGCCUAAGAUUCGAGCCCGCCGGCCGAUCUGUGGGCGAUGUAGGACGGUACUACCAACUGAAGAAGGAGAAUAAAUGCGUCGUCUGUGGCAGCACUAACUCUUAUAUCCGCAAGAACGUUGUGCCUAGAGAGUAUAGGAAAUUGUUUCCAGAGAUCAUGAAAGAGCAUUCAUCCCACGACGUGGUCCUACUAUGCACGACUUGCCACCAGCAGAGCAACAUGCGAGACCUAGCCAUGCGCGGCCGCCUCGCCGACUUGUGUGAUGCACCACUCGCUACUGGUGUCAGGAACGGGAGCAGCAAGUUCUUAGAGGAUGCUGUUAGCAAAAAGAUCAAGUCAGCGGCGCGAGCGCUUCGCCACCAAUGUGACAAGCUGCCGGAAGCUAGACGCAAGGAACUGGAAGAUAUUCUGCUGCAGCACUAUCCUGAACAAGACGAGAUCACUGAAGAGCUUCUAGAGGAAGCUUCCAAUAUUACUGUUUUGUAUGAAAAUUCAGAAUACGAAUCUCACGGCGCUAAAGUCGUGGACUACUUUCUGAAUCACGAAGGUUUGCUCCGCCUCGAAGAGAUGUGGAGAGAACAUUUCCUGAGCUCCAUGAAGCCUCGAUACAUGCCCGAAUUAUGGUCCGUCAAACAUAAUGAAGAGAGAUUGCGUGUGAAAUGGAAUGAAGGACGUUUGUCUCAAGAGCACUUGAAAUCCAUCGGGUUGACUACAUUGUAAAUAUUUUGUCUUCGAAUUAUGUUUAACAUAAUUACAAAUAUUUGCCCAAUAAUUGGGCGUAUAUUUUUUUGUUUGGGAUAUUGUAUGUUUAUGAUUCGUUUUCAAUAAAUCUGUCGAAUGUGUUGGUGAAUCAAUCUAAUUAUAAUGUUAUUUCUUCAAGGCGUAAGACAUUUAAAUUGAGUUAAUAUUUUAAAUAAAUUCUUCCCACCAUUCAUGAAGUAACGAUAUGUUUAAUAUAGAUACUUAUAAUAGCUGUUAUAAAGACAUAUUUACAAAGUGAAGAUAUUCUUGUACAAAUAAGGAAAUAAAAUCCUACGAGUUA